UCGUCAAAAAAUGGGACGUCACCACAUUAGUUGGACAAAGAUAUUAUUGAUUGAAUAUCAUCUGGCCUUAUCGACACCCUCAUACCACCAAAAUUAUUCGUCCAGCAUGGCACUAUCUGAUGUAUCCCCUCAAAAAAAAAAAAAAAAAAAUCUGUAUCUGAUUACACCAAAACAUCGUCGUUUCCUCGUACAUUCCAAAUUAAUAAAAAAAAAAAAAGAACAAUUAAGAUUGGAUUUUACUUUGCAAUUCUCAGAAUUAUAAUCAGAUCUAUCAUACGUGCAGGGAAGCUCAAGAACAGAUCGCAUUAAUUUCACAUUUAUUCAUCCUUAAUUUUCACUCUAUACAAUAUUUGGUGCAUUUGAAUUUCUGAGAAUUCAGUAGAAAAUGGUGAAGGAAACUGGGUAUUAUGAUUUACUAGGAGUUGGGAUUGAGGCUACGCCAACAGAGAUUAAGAAGGCUUACUAUGUUCAGGCAAGACUUGUCCACCCUGAUAAAAAUCCCGGAGAUCCACAAGCUGCCCGGAAGUUUCAGGAACUUGGUGAGGCUUAUCAAGUACUAAGUGAUCCUGAGAAACGUGAGGCAUAUGAUAAGUAUGGAAAGUCAGGUGUACCACAGGAUGCCAUGGUAGAUCCAGCGGCAGUAUUUGGGAUGCUUUUUGGAAGUGACUUUUUCGAAGAUUAUAUUGGCCAACUUGCGUUGGCAUCUGUAGCAUCUGUUGAGUUAGAAGAGGAUCCCCAGAUUCCUGCUGAACUCAGGCGGCAGAAAGUUCAGGAAAAGCUGAAGACAAUGCAACAAGAAAGGCAAGAAAAACUCAUAGUGACCCUAAAAGACCGUCUUCAACCAUAUGUAGAUGGUCGCAUUGAUGAGUUUGUGGAUUGGGCUAAAUCAGAAGCAUCUAAUCUCUCAAAAGCUGUGUUUGGUGAGGCCAUGCUACACACAAUUGGUUAUAUAUAUACAAGACAAGCUGCCAAAGAAAUCGGAAAGGAUAAAAAGUUCUUCAAAGUACCCUAUAUAGCAGAAUGGGUUCGGGACAAAGGACACCAGAUAAAGUCACAGGUGAUGGCAGCUUCAGGAGCUGUGUCAUUAAUUCAAAUACAAGAAGAUUUGAAGCGGCUGAGUCAAGGAGAAAACAAGGAAGAGAACAUGAUGAAAGCCAUGGAAGAGAAGAACGAUGCUAUGCUUAAUUCCCUUUGGCAGCUCAAUGUUAUUGAUAUAGAGACAACCUUGUCACGUGUCUGCCAAGCAGUUCUAAGGGAUACUACUGUUUCAAAGGAUGUUCUCAAGUCGCGUGCUAAGGCAUUGAAGAAACUGGGAACAAUUUUUCAAGGCGCUAAGGCUCCUUACAAGAGAGAGAACAGUCUCCGGAGUGAAGUGCCCCCCCAAGCGGACACAUCAGGGUCAAUUCAAUCUUGAAUUUUGAAUCUCAAUCGACACUUCCUCUUUGUUGUGUAUGUAUUUAGCAUAUUGAUUAUGUGCUUUUCAUUUAUUUGGCUCAACCUAGUCGCUGUACACAAACCACUAGACUUGAUUCUUUGCUACUGUUGUAUUGUAAAUUAUUUGCCUUCAAUCUGGUGUUCAUUAUCACCUUAGAACUCUUGCAUUAGUGGAUGAAAUGCUAUGAUGAGAUGGUUUUGCUUAAUAAUGUGAUUUGCUUGUUGCUAAUUCCCGUGGUCGGAGUUGGUUUGGUUAUCUU